CAGUGGAAAGGCUUGACUUGUUCUUCACUGGCUUGUGGGACAGCACUUCAUAUCUGGCAAUGGAUCAGAAGGACUGAAGAGCAUUUUUGAUCCCACCAAUGUUUCUUAGAGCUGCUAAAACAGGACCAAUGAAAAUGUUCACCAGACUCCAAGUCCUUGCCCUAGCUUUAUUUUCCAAAGGAGUUUUCCUUUCCCUAAGUGACCACAGUUUUGUCAGAAAGGAAAUUAAGAUAGAAGGAGACCUGGUCUUAGGAGGCUUAUUCCCAAUCAAGGAAAAAGGUACUGGGAUAGAAGAAUGUGGAAGAAUCAAUGAAGACCGAGGCAUCCAGCGCUUGGAGGCCAUGCUGUUUGCUAUUGAUGAAAUCAACAAAGACAACUACUUGCUGCCAGGAAUUAAGCUUGGAGUCCAUAUCUUGGACACGUGUUCCAGGGAUACAUAUGCCUUAGAACAGUCUUUGGAGUUUGUCAGGGCAUCUUUGACUAAAGUGGAUGAAACAGAGUACAUGUGCCCUGACGGCUCGUAUGCCAUCCAAGAGAAUUUGCCACUGCUCAUUGCAGGAGUCAUAGGUGGUUCCUACAGCAGUGUCUCCAUACAGGUGGCAAAUUUGCUCAGACUCUUCCAGAUCCCCCAGAUAAGCUACGCCUCCACCAGUGCCAAGCUGAGCGACAAAUCCCGCUACGAUUAUUUCGCACGGACAGUGCCCCCGGACUUCUACCAAGCCAAAGCCAUGGCUGAAAUCCUGAGGUAUUUCAACUGGACGUACGUGUCAACAGUGGCUUCUGAAGGAGACUACGGGGAGACAGGGAUCGAGGCCUUUGAGCAGGAAGCUCGGCUGCGCAACAUCUGCAUCGCCACCUCCGAGAAAGUGGGACGCUCCAACAUCAGGAAGUCGUACGACGGCGUGAUCAGGGAGCUGCUCCAGAAACCCAACGCCAGGGUGGUGGUGCUCUUCAUGCGAGGCGACGACUCCCGGGAGCUCAUUGCGGCCGCCAACCGCUUCAAUGUGUCCUUCACCUGGAUCGCCAGCGACGGGUGGGGAGCUCAGGAGAGCAUCGUCAAGGGCAAUGAGCACAUAGCCUCCGGGGCCAUAACCUUGGAGCUCGCUUCCCAUCCGGUUAAAGAGUUUGACAAGUACUUCCAAAGUCUCAGCCCUUACAACAACAGGCGCAACCCCUGGUUCAAGGACUUCUGGGAGCAAAAAUUCCAGUGUAACCUGCAGAACCGGAAACCCCAUAAAAAGGCUUGUGAAAAACAUUUCACCAUCAACAGUUCCAACUACGAGCAAGAAUCCAAGAUCAUGUUUGUUGUGAAUGCUGUGUAUGCAAUGGCUCAUGCAUUGCAUAAAAUGCAGAGGACUCUCUGCCCAAACACCACCAAACUCUGUGAUGCCAUGAAGCAUCUGGAUGGCAGGAAGCUGUACAAAGAUUAUCUCCUGAAAGUAAACUUUACAGCUCCAUUCAACCCCCCCAAUGAUGCAGACAGUAUGGUCAAAUUUGAUGCCUAUGGAGAUGGGAUAGGACGAUACAACGUGUUCAAUUUCCAGUUCACUGGAGACAGAUACUCCUAUGUGAAGGUUGGUCAGUGGGCAGAAACACUGUCACUGGAGGUAGACUCUAUCCACUGGUCCAGGAGCUCCAUCCCUGUCUCCCAGUGCAGUGACCCCUGUGCUCCUAAUGAGAUGAAGAAUAUGCAACCAGGAGAUGUCUGCUGUUGGAUUUGUAUUCCCUGUGAAACCUAUGAGUACCUGGCUGAUGAAUUCACUUGUGCAGACUGCGGGCCUGGAAAAUGGCCCACAGCUGACCUGACUGGCUGCUAUGACCUUCCAGAAGACUACAUCAAGUGGGAAGAUGCUUGGGCAAUAGGUCCCGUUACCAUCGCAUGCCUGGGCUUUAUUUGUACUUUCAUGGUCAUUGGAGUGUUCAUCAAGCACAACAACACACCCCUGGUCAAAGCCUCUGGCCGUGAACUGUGCUACAUAUUGCUCUUCGGGGUCUUCCUGUCUUACAGCAUGACUUUCUUCUUCAUAGCCAAGCCUUCUCCAGCCAUCUGCACCCUGCGCCGUUUGGGGCUGGGAAGUUCCUUUGCCGUCUGCUACUCUGCCCUCCUGACGAAAACGAACUGCAUCGCCAGAAUAUUUGAUGGCGUAAAGAACGGUGCUCAGAGGCCCAAGUUCAUCAGCCCCAGCUCUCAGGUGUUCAUCUGCCUGAGUCUCAUUUUGGUACAGGUGGUGGUGGUGUCCGUGUGGCUCAUCUUGGAGGCACCAGGCACCAGGAGAUACACGCUUCCCGAGAAGAGAGAGACUGUCAUCCUGAAAUGCAAUGUCAAGGAUUCCAGUAUGUUAAUGUCCUUAACAUAUGAUGUCAUCCUCGUGGUUUUAUGCACUGUGUAUGCCUUCAAAACCAGGAAAUGUCCGGAGAACUUCAACGAAGCCAAGUUUAUCGGUUUCACAAUGUACACAACGUGCAUCAUUUGGCUGGCCUUUCUCCCUAUAUUUUAUGUGACAUCUAGUGACUACAGAGUGCAAACCACCACCAUGUGCAUCUCUGUGAGUCUCAGUGGCUUUGUUGUGCUGGGCUGCUUGUUUGCGCCCAAGGUGCACAUCAUCCUUUUCCAGCCCCAGAAGAACGUGGUCACCCACAGGCUCCACCUCAACAGGUUCAGUGUCAGUGGGACCGGGACCACUUACUCGCAGUCAUCUGCCAGUAUGUAUGUGCCAACCGUGUGCAACGGGAGGGAAGUUCUGGACUCCACCACUUCGUCUCUGUGAUUGUGGCUCGUGGUUCAGUUCUUGAGUUUUUAGACUGUUAGGCAAAAUUUUGCACAUGUUGUGCACUCCAGAGAACACCAGAAAACAAAAGACAUCCAAGCAAAAUUAGUACCUUUUUUUAGAAACAGUGUAAUAAAUUAUUUUUGAGGAUUGUACAGUAUAUAGUGACGUUCUGGAACUUUUUAGACUGAUUUUAGCCCUUCUGUUGUUAACGGUUGUAAGGGACAUGUAAAUAACCAUGGUUCACAAUGUGCAUAGUCCUGCAGUAAGGGAGUGAUUGUUGCAAGCACAGUUGCAAUGUUAGGUGACUUCUUUCCUACGAAUUUUUUUUGUAGCUCCUUGUUGUAAUUAACUUAGACUGCAUUUCUAUGUUGUAUAUUACAGUUACCGUACGUGUAACAGAUUGGUUUUCUCAGCACAAAACAGCAGUAUUAAUGUAAAGGCACCAAUAAUAAAAAGAUAAAAGUUUUUCAGCA